CACACGGACACACAGGAUGGCGGUUGUGGUUCGUUGGUGAAACAUCGGUUUAGAAUUAUUUCGGAGGGGCGGAGGGCGCCCGGCGGCUUUGUGGCUGGAAUUAAGCGAAGGCGGUGAAAAUGUCAAUGUCACAUCUUUACGGGAAAGACCAGGAUGACGACGAGGUGGAGAUGGAGCGGUUCGAGAUUUCAGAUUGGGAUUUGGAAAAUGAGUUCAACCCAGACCGCGUACGCCAUCGGCAGACAAAAGAGGAUGCUAUCUAUGGCAUGUGGGCUGAGAAUGACUCUGAUGACGAAAGGCCAAGCUUUGGGGGAAAACGUUCUAAAGAUUACAGUGCUCCAGUAAAUUUCAUCAGUGCUGGAAUCCGACGACCUGCAGCUGAGGAAAAUGAUGAAGAGAAGGAUUCUGAUGAUUCUGAAGAGGAGAAAGUGAAGCGAGAAGAUUUUCCAAAGGAAUUUGCCCCAAAGAAAUUGAAAACUGGUGGCUUUUUCAAAUCUAGUUCAAAAGGAUUCACAGGAGGACAUCGAACAAACCAGGAAAUUGGCACCUGGGAAAAACACACCAAAGGGAUCGGACAGAAGUUGCUGCAGAAGAUGGGUUAUGUACCUGGCAGAGGUCUCGGGAAGAAUGCACAAGGAAUUGUGGCACCCAUUGAGGCAAAGAUGAGGAAGGGGAAAGGAGCAAUUGGUGCUUAUGGGUCUGAACGAACAGAGCAGUCACUGAAGGAUUUUCCUAUUGUUGACUCCGAUGAAGAAGCAGAAGAGGAGUUUCAGAAGGAGAUGAGCCAGUGGCGGAAAGAUCCUGCAGGUGGGAAGAAAAAGCCCAAGUACACCUUCAAAACUGUUGAAGAGCUUAAAGCGAAAGGAGCAUCCGCCCUGGGCAAGAAAAUGGCUACACCACAGACAGAGCUCUCACAAGUCAAGGUUAUAGACAUGACAGGAAAAGAACAGAAAGUCUAUUACAGUUACAGCCAGAUGAACCAGAAGCAUGAUAUUCCUGAUGACACACAGUCUCCAGUUAAAGAUGCAAAGUCAGAGGGCUUUUCUCUUCCAGAGCUGGAACACAAUCUGCAACUGCUCAUUGAAAUGACUGAGCAGGAGAUCAUCCAGAAUGACCGUCAGCUGCAGUAUGAGAGGGACAUGGUUGUUAAUCUCUCCCAUGAGAAUGAGAAGCUGUCUGAAAUCCUUGCCCAUGAGGAUAAGAUCAUCGACAAGCUCAGCAAUAUCUUGCAGAUUGUAGAGGACUGCGAGAAGAGACUACAGCCCAACUGUGAAAAUCCACUGACCCUGGAGGAGUGUGCAAAAAUUUUUGAAAUGCUGCAGGAGAAGUAUUUGGAGGAGUACAAGAUGUUUGACUUAGCAGAACUCUCCAUUGCUAUUGUAUUUCCACUGCUGAAAGAAUUCUUUAAGACAUGGAAUCCUUUGCAGGAUAACACAUAUGGUUUAGAGGUCAUGUCAAAAUGGAGGAAACUUCUAGAACGAGAUCAGCUGCAACAUGGAGGAUGUGAUAUGUUGUCAUUGGACCCUUACCACAGAUUAAUGUGGGAAGUCUGGAUGCCAUGUGUCCGCAAUGUUGUAUCCCAGUGGCUGCCCCGGAAUUGUGCUCCAAUGGUGGAUUUCUUGGAGAACUGGAUGCCUGCAGUGCCUCUCUGGAUAUUGGACAAUAUUCUUGAGCAACUGAUUUUUCCCAAGUUGCAGCGUGAGGUUGAGAACUGGAACCCACUGACUGACACAGUCCCAAUCCAUGCCUGGAUACAUCCCUGGCUUCCAUUGAUGCAGAUGCGCCUGGAGCCUCUGUAUUCACCGAUCCGGAAUAAGCUUUCCAAUGCAUUACAGAAAUGGCAUCCCAGUGACUCGUCUGCAAAAUUGAUCCUUUUGCCGUGGAAAAAUGUGUUCACACCAGGAUCCUGGGAAGCCUUCAUGCUGAAAAACAUCGUUCCAAAGUUAGGAAUGUGUUUGACAGAGUUUGUGAUUAAUCCUCACCAACAACACAUGGACACGUUCCAUUGGGUGAUGGACUGGGAGGACAUGAUCUCAGCUUCCAGCCUCAUAGGAUUGCUUGAGAAAAACUUUUUCCCAAAAUGGUUACAGGUGCUAUGUUCUUGGCUGAGUAACAGUCCCAAUUAUGAAGAGGUCACUAAAUGGUAUUUGGGAUGGAAGUCCAUGUUUUCUGACCAGGUACUGGCCCACCCCACAAUCAAGGAGAAGUUUAAUGAAGCCCUGGACAUUAUGAACCGGGCUGUCACCUCCACAGUUGGUGGUUACAUGCAGCCAGGAGCUCGGGAAAACAUUGCCUACCUUACCCAUACAGAGCGCCGGAGGGACUUUCAGUACGAGGCAAUGCAGGAGCGCCGUGAAGCAGAGAAUCUGGCACACCGUGGCAUUGGGGUCAGCUCUGCCUCCAUACCCAUGAACUUCAAGGACUUGAUCCAGGCAAAGGCUGAAGAGCACAAUAUUGUUUUCAUGCCCUUGAUGGGUAAACGCCACGAGGGCAAACAGCUCUACACCUUUGGUCGGAUAGUUAUUUAUAUUGACCGAGGGGUUGUGUUUGUACAGGGGGAGAAAACCUGGGUGCCAACAUCACUUCAGAGUCUCAUUGACAUGGCUAAAUAAUAGGUAAAUUGCAGCAAGUUGCUUUUCUGUCCUUUCUGUUGUACUGUUUCAUUCCAGUGACCAAAUUUAUACAAGAGGAUUUCCAGCAGUUUAUUCAAGCCUAAGGUUGGUGAUGACUGGGGAAGAGACUUGCAGUGUGAAGAAAUCUUCACCAUUCUUGGUUUAUCUGGUUCUUAGUGUUCAGAUGAAAUCCUUACUGAAUGACUGAUUCUAACAUUUGAUUCUUUGUGAGUUUCACAGUGUUACCUGUGUAUUUUUUUAAACAUAUAACACCUGCUGUUUAUUUUAAUGUAUUUUAUUUAUAAGCAAUAAACCUAGAAUUCUGGUUUCAUAACCAUUUCAAUGUCAAUAUUUGAAUCAAGAUAAAAUGAUCAGAUGUGAAACUGAUUAUAGAUCAAUCAGCCACAGCCUGUUAUUGUUGUGAAGAAUUCUAUUAACGUGCACCACAAUACACUGAUGACCAUCCCCUCCUAAUUUUGGGAACCAUGCUCACUACAACAAUGUUGCUAUCUGUUGUUAUUAUUUGAGGAUAAACCUGUUCUGCUUUUCUGCUUCUCCUAGGAUGUACACUUGAGACAGGAAUCAAUUAGCUGGAUAGUUAUGUCGAGCAAUUGCAAGAUAGUUACUAGAACUGUUUAUCUCUCACUAUUUCCAGUUGUCCUUCUCAGCAUCAUAUAGAGAACAACUAGCCCUAUAUCAGGGUAAAGUAGUGUGCCAGCCAAGUGAACAGUGUAAGCUUCAUUCCACUGUCAUCAGAAUCUUCUUACUCCCCACAUGGCUAGGAUCAGUUAUUGAGCCUUCAGUCUAUCCUGGUCACAGGGUAAAUUCCAAUGAAUUUCCACUUUCUAACCUAGAUAAAAUGUCUUUCCCCAAGGUGAGCAUCAAGUAAUUUACAUGAAGCUGGCAAUCUAUAAACUUUCAUCAACAAUUGCAAUUAAUGUUUAAAUGCCUACUUACAGUUAGCUAGCCAACAAAAAUAGGGCUAAAUUAAACAUCACUCCACUUUAGCAGCAAAGUGAUGCAUUGUUCCCAAUGUAUGUAUUUUAAAACUAUACUGAAAUUUUUAACCUUCCUCUGACCAUGUGUAUGGCUUUUAUAGGCAAUAGGAAUCUUCCAGAAAAAGGUUGCCACAGUUGAUUUCCGGUGGUUCACAGUUCUUGGGAAAGAAUGAAUGAUACGGUGUGAUAAUGGAUAGUUUGUAUUUUUAUUGAUAUUUUUGUUUUUACCAGCCUUGUGUGUUUGUAAAUUUUUCUUCUGUCUUUAUGCAUUUGACUAUUCGGAAAUUCAUUUUAAUGUCCUUUUCAUUGUCUUUCUGACACUGUCAUUGAAUAAUUUUCUAUUAAACAGCAUGUAGAUCUUUUAAAUCCUCAGCGUCAUCUAUGAGUGGAGUUCUCCCUCCUCUAUUUUUUUAAACCUUUUUAAAACUAUGAAGAUAGACAAAUAAAUGCAUGUUCCGGGGAAAGUACACUUGUGGAAGACAUCUUUCGCUGCUUUCGGUUGCCAAUUAACCUCGAUAACUCCAACAUUUUCUGUUCUUAUUUCAGGAGAUCCUAUGCUGAGCAACUCUGUAAUAUACAUGCAGAGUCAUUUUCCUGCACAGUUUCUGAAGUGUGCCAUAUAGCUGAUGGGAGGCUGUUAUAUAUCAAAUUCCCCAUGGGGACUGUAUGCAAAAUGUACUAUUUUAAAGAUGAAAGUUUAGAAUGGUGCAUAUUGAGGAACAUUUAGAGGAGAAACUUUCCAGAGUUAUCAAUUCUAAUAGAGAUGUGUUUUAAACUAGAUGUCAAGAGCCUGGAAACUAGAAAUAUGGAAUGAGAUUCCAUAGCAGAGAAAGUUUACCUGAGUCCAGGAAUAUGAGUUUUUUUGGUCAGAAUAUUCAGUAAUUACAUAUUUAGUUUAACCGACACACACAGCUUCCCUUUUUGGUAAGUAUUGUUUUGGUGAUGCAGUUGUGGAGCCCUGCUAUGACAGCUGUUUUGCUGCUUAAAAACAGUGAUGUAAUAUGGAGGUUCUGAAUACAGGAAAUGUGAAUCUUUAGUUACAAUUUCGUGUUUUUGCACCAGAAACUUCUCUCUGGUUUAGUAAUGCCAGAUACUUUUCUUAUGCUGAAACCAUUUUUUUAAAGUUUCCUUUAGCUUCCUAAAAAGUACUUUUACCUGUCCAUAAUCCGGGUAAUGUCCAAUAAAUAAGAAUUGAUUAUAAAACCCUCAAUGCUUUAUUUUGGCUCACAGUGGGUCGUCUUUGAAGACAGUUGGAGGGCUGUGGAACAAAACUACCAAAUGCAUUUGAAAAAUAUUAAAUAUAUUAGUUGAUAGAGACAAUGGCAUGCUAGAUUUUACACUGGUUAUAGGCUUUACUAUUCACCUUUGGAAUGAUAAAAAUAAGUUGUUCUUGCCAAGUUCUUGAGUACUUUUAAAUAAAAUGUCCAGUCUGAAAAGUU